AAACCUUAUGCAUGCAGUGACUGUGGGAAAGCCUUUACCCAGAAGUCAGCACUCACAGUGCAUCACAGAAUUCACACGGGAGAAAAGUCAUACGUGUGCAUGCAGUGUGGCCUGGCCUUCAUCCGGAGGACACACCUGAUGGCACAUAAAAUAAUUCAUACAGGUGAAAAACCUUAUAAGUGUGCUUACUGUGGGAAAUUCUUUACUUCCAAGUCACAGCUUCAUGUGCAUAAGCGAAUCCAUACAGGAGAAAAGCCGUAUGUGUGCAGUAAGUGUGGGAAGGCCUUCACAAACAGAUCAAAUCUCGUGACACAUCAGAAGACUCAUACAGGAGAGAAAUCCUAUGUAUGUCCUAAGUGUGGGAAGGCCUUCACCCAGAGGUCAGAUUUGAUAACUCAUCACAGAAUCCACACUGGAGAGAAGCCUUAUGAAUGUGUUACCUGUGGAAAAGCCUUCACCCAGAAAUCACACCUUAACAUUCACCAGAAAAUUCAUACUGGAGAGAGACAGUAUGAAUGCCAUGAGUGUGGGAAAGCUUUCAACCAGAAGUCAAUCCUCAUUGUGCAUCAGAAGAUUCACACGGGAGAGAAGCCCUACGUGUGCACCGAGUGUGGAAGGGCCUUCAUUCGCAAGUCCAACUUUGUCACUCAUCAGAGAAUCCAUACUGGAGAGAAACCUUAUGAGUGUAGUGAUUGUGGGAAAUCCUUCACGUCCAAGUCUCAGCUCCUGGUACAUCAGCCAAUUCACACAGGAGAGAAACCCUAUGUGUGUGCCGAGUGUGGGAAGGCCUUUAGUGGAAGGUCAAAUCUCAGUAAACAUCAGAAAACUCACACUGGAGAAAAGCCUUAUUUCUGUUCUGAAUGUGGGAAGACCUUCAGACAAAAAUCAGAGUUGAUUACACAUCAUAGAAUUCAUACUGGAGAGAAACCUUAUGAGUGCACUGAUUGUGCAAAAUCUUUCACUAAGAAAUCACAGCUCCAAGUACAUCAGCGAAUACACACUGGAGAGAAACCUUAUGUGUGUGCUGAGUGUGGGAAAGCAUUUACUGACAGAUCCAAUUUGAAUAAACACCAGACAACACACACUGGUGACAAACCUUACAAGUGUGAAGUGUGUGGAAAAGGCUUUGUUCAGAAAUCAGUGCUCAGUGUGCAUCAGAGUAUUCAUAUUUGAGACAAAGUGGGAAAAAUGUUAAUGAGGACGUGUGUAUAAUGUGAAUCUAGUCAUCAGACCACUGUAUGUUAUUAAGUAGACACAUCUAUAUCAGUGUCACACUGAAGAGGAGGGCGACUGGGAAGAUGCAGAGAUGGAACUCCUAGCCCACUGCCGCCAGGCUCACUAAACCUUGGGACUUUCAUACUGAGUAGGAGCUGAAUCAGUUUGAUGCCUUAAUGAGAAAUGCUAUCUAAAAUGUGAUGGAAAAUUGCUUCUCAGCCUUUUGGCUAAGAUCAAAUGAAGUAUCUUCUUAUCAGUUCAAAAUAUAAUGCAAUGCUAUUAGAAGAAUUUUUAGGGAAGAUUACGUUAAAUUGUUUAAUCCUGUUUUCUGUGGAAUAGGGAUAGUGCCAAUGAAGUAGUUAAAAAAAUAAUAACUCAUAUAUAUAUUAUGGUAAAUUCAAAGUUCUGCGAGUUGAUUCAAAACACAUUGUUUUACAGUUGUCACUGUUUUUCAUUGUUAACAGAUUUGUACAUAUUCAGUCUAUAAUUGAAUAAUUCUUUUUAGGAAAUACGUGUCUUUUUUUUUUUUUAAGGAAAACCUGUUUAUAUAGAUGUGGAGCUGAGAAUGUGUUAAACUUAAAAUUUCCUUUAUUACUCCCUGGGAGUAUCUUUGAGUCUCAUAAGAACUAAUAUUAAAACAGACUCAAACAUACUGUGAUUAUCUGCGCGAGGUCCAUUUUCAUGCCAAACAUUCUACAGGACCGGUUUUGCCAAGUGCCUGAAGCACAUGAGUUUAGUGUCUGUGAGUGUCUUUGCAUCCGUAAUGCCCGCAGGAAGAGCACAGGUCAUAAUUCUACCUGUGUGCUUUCUACCUCGUGUCUAAUGAUAAACCCUCGGAAUACUUUGCUACCUGACCCUAACAGGCUGCUUCAAAAUUAUAGCUGUUCUGCCUUCCUCUUC